AUGGAAGCUUUCAACCAUUUUGGGAACAAUGAAGCACACUUGCCUCCUGGUUUUAGGUUUCACCCAACUGACGAAGAACUCAUCACCUACUACCUCCUCAAGAAGGUCCUUGACAGCAACUUCAGUGGCAGAGCCAUUGCUGAAGUUGACCUCAACAAAUGCGAGCCCUGGGAGCUUCCUGAGAAAGCUAAGAUGGGAGAGAAAGAGUGGUACUUCUUCAGCCUCCGCGAUCGCAAGUACCCAACUGGUCUUAGAACCAACAGAGCAACCGACGCUGGGUACUGGAAAGCCACUGGGAAGGACAGAGAGAUCUACAGCUCCAAGACUUGCUCUCUUGUGGGUAUGAAGAAAACCCUAGUCUUUUACAGAGGAAGAGCUCCCAAGGGUGAGAAGAGCAACUGGGUCAUGCAUGAGUACCGUCUCGAAGGCAAAUUCGCCUACCAUUACCUCUCCAGAAGCUCCAAGGAUGAAUGGGUUAUUUCACGGGUGUUCCAGAAGAGUGGUUCAGGUGGCUCCGCCUCCGCCCCAGGAGGCAAGAAAAACCGUCUGAACUCCGUCGUCAAUCUCUACCCAGAAGUGAGCUCUCCAUCCUCAGCUUCUCUCCCGCCACUGCUCGACUCCUCCGCCUACGGCGCCACCGACCGCGACAGCUGCUCCUACGACGGCAAUGCCACAAAGGAGCACGUGCCCUGUUUCUCCACCAUUGCUGCAAGCUUCAACUCUCAUGCUCCGUUCGAGUUUCCACCGCCGUCGUCAGCGGCCGCUGCUGCGGCUUUCAACGCGGCCGUUGAUCCUUCUUCUCGGUUCCACAGGACCAUCGGAAUGUCUGCUUUCCCGAGCUUGAGGUCACUGCAGGAGAAUCUCCAGCUGCCGUUCUUCUCGGCGGUGUCUGCGCCGCCAAUGCAAGGUGGUGAUUUGGGUGGUUUUGGAACCAUGGGUUGCUGGCCGCCGCCCGAGAAUCUUAAACUGGAAGGUGGUAGAGUGGCAGUGGGACCCACCGAGCUCGACUGCAUGUGGAAUUUCUGAGAUUUAAG